CUGGAUUGUUUUUAUGGUUGGGCUGACAGGCAGAAUCAUUUUUCUGAUCAUAGCCUGCCAGUUUACUUUGUCUUGCUACCCAGAUGUACAGAAUCACAUCUUUGACAUCUUCUCUUCUACAGAUCUGUUUUCUACUGUCCUGACUUAAAGCAGAGUACCUCUGUGGCCUAUCUUUCUCCUUUGGCCCCAAAAUGACAGUAAUCGCUGCAAUCAGUUGUGCUUUCUUAUUUUGCAUUCUCUGUGAAACAAGUGCAUUAGUGUUACCCAACUCCACUGACCUACUCCUGUCAGACAAUAACUUCACUGACAUUGAGACAGCUUUGGCAGCUCAUCUGGACUCUGCAAAAAUUCCCAAAGCCAGGCGGAAGCGCUACAUUUCACAAAAUGACAUGAUUGCCAUUCUUGAUUAUCAUAAUCAAGUCAGAGGCAAAGUCUUCCCACCUGCUUCCAACAUGGAAUAUAUGGUUUGGGAUGAAACUCUUGCCAAAUCUGCAGAGGCUUGGGCUGCUACAUGCAUUUGGGACCAUGGACCUUCCUACUUACUUAGAUUCUUGGGCCAGAACCUGUCUGUAAGAACUGGAAGGUAUCGAUCUAUUCUCCAGCUGGUAAAGCCAUGGUAUGAUGAGGUGAAGGAUUAUGCUUUCCCUUAUCCUCAGGAUUGCAACCCCAGGUGCCCCAUGCGAUGUUAUGGACCCAUGUGCACCCAUUACACACAGAUGGUUUGGGCCACUUCCAAUCGUAUAGGCUGCGCAAUCCACACAUGCCACAAUAUGAACGUCUGGGGAUCCGUUUGGCGACGAGCUGUUUACUUGGUAUGCAACUAUGCCCCAAAGGGGAAUUGGAUUGGAGAAGCACCAUAUAAAGUAGGAGUCCCAUGUUCAGCUUGUCCUCCGAGCUAUGGAGGUUCUUGUACCGACAAUCUCUGUUUCCCAGGAGUAACAUCAAACUACUUAUACUGGUUUAAAUAAGUUAAGGUUUACAUUAUUCCGAAAAAAAACCCCAUGAAUGAGUAACAAGAAGCUUGUAUAUUGAAUUUUGCACAUAUUAUAUAGAGAGAGAUAUUGUAAUAAUACUCUGAUGUUUUCUUUUUGUAUGCUUUUGUAUAAUUAGCUUUCAAAGUAUAGUAUAAUUUGGUUUUAACACUUUGGGAUUUAAGACUCACAUUAACCCUUUUAGAUUAACAUUUUGUUAAAGGAGAGCAAACUAAUUUUCACCUUAGCAAGUAUAGCUUCCUGAAGAUUAUGUUCUAUUAAAAGCACAUUAAAAGAUAGAAUAUGACUUCCUUUUAAAAAUAAUAGCUCCAGAGAGACAAAGGUUGUUGUUUAAUACUGUGCUUUAAAAAUGGUGUGAUGUGCAAAGCACCAAAUUCUCCUCACACUCCCAAUGGUUCCUCCUGUUUACACCUGUGCUUUCACCUGCAAUGUCAAUGGGGCCAUGAGCAGAGGGAAACAUAUGUGCAAGAGAAACUGCAGGAUAUUACCUACCUCAUGCACAACAUCAAUUCGUUUAUGGCGUUUCAAGAGUUCAGCACACGGCUGCUGCUAUCAUCAACGAUGCCUGUGUGCAGACAGGAAAAUUAGAGAGAAUGAGGAACCACACUGGCCAAGAUGCAGUGGCUGUUAACUCACAUGCCUAAAGUCUUACCUAGAUAGAAGGCCACAUCUCUUUAGAUAUAUUGGUAUAAUAGCACAGCCUGACUCUACCUUCCUGUGUUCCUGAACACAGUCAUCAUGGUAUAAUGGUGCUUUGCAGCAGUAUAUUUAUUCUUGUACAGGAAGGCAAAGAAAUACAUUGCUACAAAGCAACAUACAUCAAUACAUGACAUCCAUACUGUCUUUUACACUGUAAGUUUGCCAGUAUAUGUGCUGUCCCCCUGACUGAAACUCAGCCAGGUGAAACUUUCAAGGAGAGAUCAGACCUAAAAGUAGGUAAGAGGAUUUCCAAAUAAAAGACAUCAGGCAACUUUAAAACUUCAUACAGAUUUGUUACAAAAAUUCCAAAUUUCUAAAGCAAUUGGCAGUGUCCUUUAAAAUAUAUUGUGCUGUUUCCUGAAAAUAUCUGUAUGAAUUAAUAAAAACCAAAUCUAUUUAUUCAUACCUUUCCUGCCCAAAACUGAACACCUUAUGGGUGCUUACUAGAAAAUUUAUAAAGAGGACCUACACUUUAGGCUAGAAUAUUAUACAGGUAGUUUUCUUGAAAAACAGAUUAUAAAAAGGAGGAAAUUGAAUGUCUGCCACAACUACUAUGUCAUUGAAAUAGCCUUGAGUUUUGGCUUUGUAUUACAGGGCAGAAUGUACUCCACUUUAAAUAUACGUGUUUAGUCUGCUUGCAGUGCUACAUUUAGACCUCUGAAAUUUAUGAACUUUGAAAAGCAAUACUGAGUAGAGCAAGCAGAACAACAGAGGAUAAUUUCACUAGUGCUACAUAUGUAUGUGUCUUUAAGUCACUAAUUCAGUCCUUUCGAGGGUGUUUCAGACAGUCUGUCACCAGAAUAUGAAGUAUCAUAUUGGUGACAUAAAAAGAAAGAUCAGAGUGUGAAUUCUUCAUGCUAGUUGUUCUUUUUCUCCAGCAAGAUAUCUGGGGGCGGCAGGGAACGGGCGCUACAGCGUAUGAAAUGUAGCAGCUCCUCUCCAUCUAUCCAUAAUCUGAUCCCUCAGAGAGUGCCAGCAACUGAUCUGUGGCUCUUCAGACAUUUCUGAUAAGUGGUAUUUCUGUAUCUGACAGGACAAUAACUAGACAAGUAUAUUGUCUUCAAAUGUGUCUAUGUUUUAAAAGAACAACACUUGUAAUAUUCCACUAACUUUUAUUCUAACUGUUACAAUAUAAAUGGUUUUCCUUUUGGUUUCAAAGGGGCUUGGACUUGGACAGUGCUCAAUCAGUCAAGCACUUUGGCUGAGUAAAAUCCAGUCCUGUUUUGAGAGUGAAGCACAACCUCUUUGCAUCAUCUUUGUCACAUUAAAAGAAUUCAGUGAGACAAAACUACUAGGUGGGUCACUAGCCCUCAGCCAGCCCAGUUUUGACAAAGAUGCAUGGGACAAAUACAUUUUUGUUCCUCAUAAGAAAUCUCCUCUGGAGGUAAAGACAGCACAGGUAAAACAGUGCAUCUAGCCAUUUUCAGUAUUUUUAUUUUCUUUUUUAAUACAAGAUAGGAAGCAGAGCCUAAGCAAAAGUUCAGGUUAAGCCAUGGAGCCUACAGCAGUAGGUCUAACAAUAGACGACUAUGCACUUUGGAACUUGCAACUUAUAUGUUGUAUGGUACACUUUCCAAACAGGACUAGACAUUGUAAAUUAAUUUAUAAUUCUGUAAUUCAGCUGAAAUUAUUAUAACGGGUAUAUAUGUUAUCGUAUCUGUUACUUUUUAAGUUGCUACAAAUACCUUGAUUUUGUGGAAUAUUUUGUUUUCUGUGGAUAUAGAAAACUUUGCUUUUAACAAACAGGUAUGCAGGUUUUUUCACAACAUCCCAUAAUGGUGCUAGGGAUUAACUUUUGUAAUCACACUGUAAUUUACAGCAGCAAAAAAUGAUCUGGGUAUAAGCUAUUUCAAAAGAGCAGCUCCUGAUAAAACCAGCCACAAGCACUCAAGCAUCAGCUGAAUAUUUGUCAUUGAACAGAGAGGAUUACAUACAGCUCAUCAGAUAUUUGAUUACCACAUGAAAUUUGCCCUUCCACUUUAUUAAAUAAGUAGUUUACUGAAGGCCUUUCCAUAUUAUCCAUUUGAAUCUCCCCAGUUUCUAUCAUCUUUUUUCUCUUGGGCCAGGUAAUAAAAAUGCCAGUAAAGCUCUACUUUGAUUACCAGUGUCAGUGCUGCCUGAUUGAUUACCUGACACCACGUGCUGCUAGAACAAAAGUACUGAAAUGUGUGGAAGACUUCAGAUGUCUUCGGCAGUGUAUCUACUCUGAUACAUACUGAGGAAAAUUCUUGAUGAGUUCAAGGCUAUGCUGAGGCAAACUACCCCCAGUUGCUAUUCUGAUAGCCCUGAAGAUUUGUACUAAUUCCUUCCAAGCAGAGUGCUGUGCCUUUAAAGACAGAGAAGUUAGCUCAGAAUUCUGUGCUAAAUAUAAAAUUAUGAAAGUAUACACAAACUAAAAUAAGGCUAAAAAUAUUUUUGAUCAACAUACUAUGAGAGUCAUAAGACUAAAAAUGAUAUAAUUGAUGUCAUUAAUUAUUGAGUGCAGCUGUUUAUAAUAUCUGCUUGUGAUUUUUUGCCUCAUUUAAAUGUCUAAGAUGAUGGGUAGCAAUUGAUAACCUUUUGGUGCUAACCUAUAUGUUCUGGUGCUGAAGUUAUACAUUAUUUUUUGUGGAAGAUGAGGUUUAGUUCCAAUAUUACCAUAUACACUCCAGUGUUUUGAGAUUUUUUUCAGCUAAGCAUAUAAUUUACCACUAGGCCAGAUUUGCUUUCAAGUUCCUUUUUAUGGUUGUUUCAGGCUCUAAUGAGAGUUUUAUGUGCAUCAGAGAGGAAAAUGUAUUCCAGUUCAAAACCAAAACAAACAGCACCCUCCCCUCAUCGCAACAGUGAAGUGCCUGUGGAACAAAUUGAGGAGAGUAAGACCUCAGAUUCAGAUUGAUGCUGAGCAGGUUUAAGUGAUUGCAAAUCCUCUCUCUGGGGUGAUAAAUGACUUCAGAAAAUCUGGGCUUGACCUUGCACACUUAUCCUUGGGAAGCUGUGUGUUUCUCUUCUCUGAGAUCAGUUUGUUCCCCUCUGAAUUUGAGAUGAGUUGGAUAAGGCCUCACUGGAAACUGUGGCAGGUUUAACACAACUUUUGCAGGAGUGAGAAAGUUGGAUUCCAUGAGAGCUUUAUGGACAGCAAAAUUAGGCUUCACGUGCCAUCCCCUAUCAACACUGGGAAAUACCACGGGGCUUUGAAAGAGGAAACCUCCCAGAGCAAAAGUGCUCUAUACCACAGCUGGGAUCUAACAGAAGGAAAUAUAUCUGUGUCUAUAUCCAUAUCUAUAUCUAUAGAUGAGUGGAUAGAUAGGUAGCUAGAUCUAUCUGUUUAUACAUGAUCUUCGAGGAUCAGGUUGCAAGCAUGGAUGCCCUCUUGUGGUUGAGAAUGCCAAUAUGUUGGUUUGAUUUCAUCAGAAUACAAAAGGUUUUAGGAUUUUUUAAAAACAAACACAAGCAAAUUUAGUUUGUUUCCUUUAAAAUUUUUGGCCUUGAUUUUAAAGACACAUGACUUUGUCUGUUUUCUUUGAGAAAUGACGUCCAUUACAUAACUCCUCCAUUUCUUACUUUUACGUGAUUUGUAAGUAUAGAACUCAGUCACAGUUGUAUUGGCUGUUGGUUACCUAUCAUAUCAAGUUUUAUGAGUAUGAGGUAAAACAGGUAUUCAGAUGUCAGAAAAAUUUUUAGAGGUGUUAAAUCAGAUAUAGUUCUUAAAAAGCAGGGGUGGGAAGCCUCGCUACUCAGAUAUUAAAUUCUAAAGAUCCCUAAUAAAAUAAGUUUUAAAGGUCCAAAUUACUGUUGAAAUUUGCCCAUUAUUACUAAGUUUUCAAAAUAAAACUGUUGCUUUCCUUUUCUAGAAUGAAAUGAUCUCAUAGAAUCCAAGCACACAGCAUUUUUAUGGUGCUUUUUAAAACUGUGCAAAAUAGAAAAUGUGUAUGCUCUGGUUGUCAGAUCAUAAUUGGUCUGAUGGUCUCGAAGUGCACAAACCUUCCUGUUUGGGUUCAUAAGGAUAACAUUAAGCUUCUGUCAAUAAUAACCACAGCCUUCUCAAACUGCUUUCUUUCAAUAAAAAAUAAAUUGGAAAUCAAGAAAGAAAAUAGCAAUGACCCAUCUGGUUAAUUCAAGAAAAGAAAAAAAAAACAUUACUAUUGGUAAUUUCAAGACUUUCUUGUGGCUUAACCUUCAUUUACUGACUUUCCCUCAGGAUUUAGUUAUUUUCUGUUAGAGAAGAAUUUUUUGCUCAUAUUACAAGGCAAUGCAUUUUUAAAUUCACACAAGUCAGUGGGACAGACAUAAACUUUUGAUAGUUAUCCCUACUCUGCUGUGCUCCCCUGAGUGUGAAGUGUGAGAAAACCAGACUGAAAUGGUUGCAAUUCAGUAUUAUCUCCUUGUCUUCUGCCAAAAGACAAAAUUCAGAGUGGAAAAAAGAUUUUGGCACCUUAUCAUUUGGCAGUCAGGAUGCAAAUUCUUUAAAAAUCCCUCAUACUGACAAUCCAUAUAAAUUAUGCUUGGGGUUUUUUUGGCCGGCAGGAGAAGAGGGAAUGUCCCUCAGGUUAUAAGUUUAGCUCACAAGAGCAAUUGUUAUUCAAAUCACUGGGCUGUUCAUCAUGGUGCAAACUUGCUACAGCUUCAAUAGAUCAUCAUGUAGGUCAGGAAGUAUCUUAGAUGCAAUAUUUAAGGUAAUAAACUUGUUCCUUAAGAGUGAAUGGUAAUAUUGGAAUCUAAUAGCUCUGAGGAGUUAAACAUCUUUGUUUCAUGUAGGGUGCUCUUACAUAAUUGAAACGGUGCUUAAAGGCAGGGUUCAUUUAAGAAGCAAACCAUCUACAGUUUCUUUCUUCCAUAUGCAAUAAGGAAAGAUUUUUCUGAGUAUUGAAGAUGUUGAGGAUUGGAAAAUGAUGAUAUUUCUAUGCUUUCUAUCUGAACCCAAGCCAAAAAAAAUGUUCAGUGUUUAACCAGUGAAAUGUCCUUUCCCCCCUCUCAUUAUAUAUUUUCAUCAUUGCUUGUUUAGAUUUUUCUGAUAAUUGUGUGGGUGGGGUUAUAUCUGUUUUUUCAGAGAAGAAAGCUUGUGUAACACAUGUCUUGCAGUGAACUUAUCAAUAUAACAUUUCUUUCAUAUUGUCAUAUAUACAUGUUAUACCUGAGAUAUAAAUUUGUAUCCCUGUUUCAUCUUCUAAUGCUAUGAAACUAUAAAGAAAUGUACAUCAUUUUGAUCUAUUUUGUAACAUCUAUGCAUUUAAAUAAAUAAGUAAAAUUAUCAGUA